GACGAAGUAAUCAACGUAGUUUCGUCACUCCCGCACAGCAGUGAUGCAAAUGUUGAUAUACUAGAAGUGCGUACAUUCGAUGAGGAAGAUGCGAGUCCAAAUUUGGGUGAGAAUGCGACCAACGAGAUCUUAGCUCGGGAUCUGGAAGGCCAGAGAGAAGAUGUUACAACUGCUGGUGGGAAAUCAAGAUUAGUGAUACCAAGCUCGUUCUUCAAGAAACCGAAAUAUCAUCCACUAGAGAUCUUUGUAAGUUAUUUUUCUCGAUUUUUAUUUGGAUGUGAUCAAUAACUACUUUUAUUUAUUUAUUUAUUUAUUUAUUUAUUUAUUUAUUUAUUUACAUCGAUUUCUCUAUAUAGGGGCUAAUUUGGUAUAUUAAAAACAAUGUUUUAUAAAAACUGCGAUGCCAUGCAUGACAUGUUCAAUGUUAAUUAACAUAAUGUAUAUUAGAAUGGUAACUGAUCUCCAUUUUUAGUGUAUAAUUUCUGAAGCAUCGUAAAUUUCGAAUCACUAAGAUUGCGAAAAACGUGCACGGUUUCACCUGGUAGCAUGAUGGACUAUUGUACGUGUUUCUGUCUGAUUCCAAAUUAAUCCUGAAACCGCGAAAUAUAUAGUCUAAAUCAUGCCAAUAUCACAUUUAGUAUAUCGUUGCUAGAUGCAUGGGACAGGAUAAGAUGGCAGCCAGCUGCAAUGGAAUUACUCGCCAGCUGGUCACUUUUUCACUGGAAUAUUUCAGAUAUGACGACAAUUUGUAGAACCUAUAAGUGCACGCAUGGGAGAAAAUAUUGUGCAUAUACACGCGUGCAUGUUCUCGUACAGAAUUUCUAUAUACGUUGUUUUGUAUUUUCAGAACCCGUUACCUGGACUUCAUGUUCUACAACCUCAAGUUUCUUACUCGAAAGUAGACGAUGACUAUCACCUUUGUCCUCUACCUCGGUACAAGUUAACAAAUAAGAGUGGGACACAUAGACCAGACAAACCGUUUAUUGAAAGACCAGUAAGUAUACUUGGCAAAUAUAUUUGUAUUUAUACAUGUAUAUAUUAGUGCCGUUACAGUCAAGUGUACAUCCCCAAAUAUACUGAGGGGUGUUAACCUUCAAGUAUAUGAUAAUACGUCUAUACAAGUCCUUUCAUUUUUCUAUAACUAUUACUUUUUACUCAAUGUCAAUCACAUGUUGUAGUUCUUUUCCUUCCUAUUCAAUUCAGCCGGUUUUGCCGACAACGAAUAUAAAUUCGCCGACAAAUCCAUUGUUUUUGCCGACGGAAUUAUCUGUAUAUAUACAUGCAUUUUAGUGCAGUUUCGGUCGUGUAGAGUCUCUACACUGAGGGGCGUUAAACUUCAAGUAUGUAAUAAUACUUCUAUAUACAAGUCCUUUCAUGCAGAAUAUCCCUGCAUCUACAUAUUUUAGUACAAUAAAGUAGCCAUUAGGAAGUAGGUAAGUCUAUCCGACAUAGUUCAAUACAUCAUUUACUGUUUUGUGUUGAUUUACAGUACGUGCUUAUUCAAUUAUUCGUUUUCAUUCCAGGAUGUAAUAUCAGGCUUGAUGACUUGGAAGAGAUUUCCAUGUCAAAGUUUGGUCAGUUGCAAUAAUGUUCCUAACAUAACUGAUGUUUGGAUACCUCGCUG